AUGUCGUCUAUCAUCAACGGCAUCACAAAUGCGAUCCCUAGCCUGACUCAGAAAUACAGUGGCGUGCCGGAGCGGCUAGCAAAGGAGGCUAUAGCGGCCAAAGACCGCCUACUCUCACAGAAGACUGUGCCAGACAGCGUGCCAAGGAAAGGGCAUUCGCUGCCACCUGAUGUUGACCAGGCUACCUACGAUGCGGCCAUUGAAGAGCUCAAGGCAUCGAUAGGCGCUUCCAAUGUCGAAGUGAACGACAAGACGCUGGUAGAUGGGUGGUAUAUGGAGCAUCCCAAUACCCACGAUGCCUACCAUGUGGUGGACCAGGAAGAAAUGACUUGCUCCGCCGUAGUCUACCCCGGAUCGACCGAGGAGGUGCAAACAGUUGUCAAAUGGGCGAACAAGCAUACCAUUCCUGUCUACCCAAUUAGCAUGGGCCGCAACCUGGGUUACGGUGGUAGCGCACCCCGCGUGCCAGGCUCGGUGGUCCUGGAUCUCGGCCGGCGCAUGGAUCAAGUACUGAAUAUCGAUGGCGACAAUGCCUCCUGCAUAGUCGAGCCAGGAGUUUCAUAUUUCAAGCUCUACGAGGAGAUCCAGAAGCGAAACUUGCCACUGUGGAUUGACUGUCCAGAUCUGGGCGGAGGCAGUGUAUUAGGCAAUGCCAUCGAUCGUGGCGUUGGCUAUACGCCCUACGGCGACCAUUUCGCUAACCACUGCGGAAUGGAGAUUGUACUGCCCGACGGCUCGCUGCUGCGGACAGGCUUGGGCGCCAUGCCAGGCAAAGACGGCGCCGAUAAUCCUUGCUGGCAGUCGUUCCAGGCGGCAUAUGGACCAUAUGUUGACGGAAUCUUCUCGCAGAGCAACUAUGGCAUUGUAACCAAGAUGGGUUUCUGGCUUAUGCCCGAGACGGACCACCAAUCCUACAUGGUCACCUUCCCGCAGGAGGACGACUUUGAACGGAUCGUGGAGAUCAUCAAACCUCUGGCACAGAAACGCAUCCUUGGCAACAUCCCCCAGCUACGGCAUGUCAUUCAGGAGCUGGCUGUGACAGGGAAGCCCAAGACACACUGGUAUGAUGGUCCAGGGCAGAUGCCGCGAGAAGUGAUACGGCAGCACGCCGCUCAGCAGCCUUGCGGCGACGUGUCGUGGGUGUUCUACGGCACACAAUACGGUGACAGGGCCGGCAUUGAGUCUCAGCUGAAGUUGAUCCGGGCCGAGUUCGAGAAGAUAGAUGGCAGCAGGUUCUAUCUACCACAGGACAUGCCACCGGAGCACUAUCUCCACUCCCGCGUGCAAGUGUGCUCCGGCGUACCGGUGCUCCGCGAGCUUGACUGGCUGAACUGGGUGCCCAAUGCAGCUCAUCUCUUCUUUUCACCAAUCCUGCCGACCAAAGCCAAGGACGCUCGCGUCGUGCUCGACAUUGUCUCUCGCCUGCACAAGAAAUACGGGUUCGACCUAUUCCCCACACUCUGUGUUGCGGGUCGGGAGAUGCAUACUAUCGUCAAUAUCGUAUAUGACCGCUACGACCCCGAUGCCAAGCAGCGGGCCACCGGUAUCAUGCGCGAAAUGAUCCGCGAGGCUGCCGCGGAGGGCUUUGGUGAAUACCGCACGCACCUACUCUUUGCAGACCAGGUUGCCGAGUCCUACGGCUGGAAUAACGGCGCGCUGCGGAAGUUCAACGAGACACUGAAGGACGCUAUUGACGAGAACUCGAUACUUUCACCUGGUCGAAAUGGAAUCUGGGGUAAACGCUUCCGGGGCAAGGGCUGGGAGAUUCUGGAUGGCGACAAGCGCGAUAUCUUGCGGGAUGGCAUCAGGCCAAAGCUCUAG